CGUGACGUAAUCGCUGCUGUUGUGUGAAUGAGCGGAGGAGAAACCUUCUCCACCUUCCGUUAUGUACACAAUAAAACGUUUUAAGAGUUGAAAGCACAGCAAUGGAUAUGGAGAAAUGUCACUUAACUGUCUGGAUUUAAAAUAGUACAUGCUUGGAAAUGGUGUAAUCAAAUAAGUAAAAGCCAGCGACACUGAUGCCAGGUGCAGGCCAUCAUUGGGAGCACUCCGAGCAGCACUUGGGAUGAGUGGUGCAGUAGAGCAGGCGGCAGACAUCCUGUCAGUCACAGACCUGGUCCGGGAGAGAUGGAGAGUGGUGAAGAAAAUUGGCGGGGGUGGCUUUGGGGAGAUCUACGAGGUGCUGGAUCAGCUGAGCCAGGUCAACGUGGCCCUGAAGGUGGAGUCUGCCCAGCAGGCCAAACAGGUGCUGAAGAUGGAGGUGGCUGUGCUGAAGAAGCUCCAGGGUAAAGAUCAUGUGUGUCGCUUUGUAGGUUGUGGCCGCAAUGACCGCUUCAACUAUGUGGUGAUGGAACUUCAGGGUAGGAAUCUGGCAGACCUGCGCAGAACUAUGUCUCGCGGCACCUUCACUGUCUCCACCACUCUGAGGUUGGGCCGGCAGAUGCUGGUGGCCAUCGAGAGCAUCCACUCUGUGGGCUUCCUGCACCGCGACAUCAAACCGUCAAACUUUGCCAUGGGGCGCCUGGCCAGCACGUGUCGAUGCUGCUACAUGCUCGACUUUGGUCUGGCCCGACAGUUCACCAACUCUUGUCAGGAAGUGCGUCCUCCUCGUCCCGUGGCAGGGUUCAGAGGAACAGUGCGCUAUGCCUCAGUCAAUGCACACAAGAAUAAGGAGAUGGGUCGCCAUGAUGACCUCUGGUCUCUCUUCUACAUGCUGGUGGAGUUCACGGUGGGCCAGCUACCCUGGAGGAAGGUCAAAGACAAAGAACAGGUGGGGAACCUAAAGGAGACCUACGACAAUCGCCUCAUGCUCAAACACCUCCCCUCAGAGUUCAGCAUCUUCCUGGAUCAUAUCCUGACCCUGGACUACUUCACUAAGCCUGACUAUCAGCUACUAAUUUCAGUGUUUGAGAAUGCCAUGAAGAGCCACAACGUGUUGGAGAACGACCCGUAUGACUGGGAGAGGUGUGACUCAGAGGAUAUGCUGACCAUCACCGGCUCAACCAACACCGCUCAGCAACUCACCCGCCUCACACCUGCUUACAUGGGCAUGGCCAACGCCUCGGUGCUCCCCGCCGAGCUGCAGAGGGAGAACACUGAGGACGUACUACAGGGCGAGCGUCUCAGCGACGCCGACAACUGCCCCCCAAUCCCGGCCCAGCACCAACGUGCUGCCCAGGGCGCUGACGUGUGGGAGGAGAUGGACCGCAACCGCAACUGCAACCAGACCGCAGCCCAGCAACAACAACAACCGCUCAUCAGGAAGGUGGUGAAUGAGGACGAGCACAGCCAGAACCAGGGUGGCAACCAGAGCCCCAACACAGGCUCCGUCCAGAGCUCCCCCAUACGGGUGCGCUCAGAGACCAUGUUCCUGGACCGGGCGGCCCCCCUGCUCCGGAGGAUGAGACACAGCCAGAGCCUGGCCUUCGAGAAGAGACUGGCUCCCGAACCCAAGCCCACCAUCGAACGCUUCCUUGAGGCCUAUCUGGGGAAGCAGCAUCCACAGGAGCGACAGAACACCAUCCCCGAAAGCGGCGGGGGGCAGGGUGAGCAGAUUGGCACCCCCUGUGACGAGGACCAGGCGACAGGGACUCCCGGCGGAGUGGGGACCCCCGACCAGGAGGAGGGGGCUGGGGCCCUCAACCUCAGCUCGGUGCCCCAGGAGGGAGACUCCCAGGAGUGGUUGAUGCUGGAGCAGAGGGGAGGCAGCGGGGCCUCGGGGGCAGCCAAGCCUCCAGGAGACUAUGCUCUGGAUGGGAAUAAACUAGGGGUGCAAUCAGAGGCUGAGGCCCAGGACCACCAGCUUCCCUCAGCCCCGAGCAGCCCCGUCCUGUCCCACAUGGCCCUGCCCUGUACCUGGUUACUGGGAGGCAGGAGGCUGCCUGGGAUGCUAGGCCACAUGGGCCGAGCCCAGAUGGAGCAGUCUGCCAACCCCGUACCACAGUCCCCCGUGACGGAGAAGAGUGAAGCCAUACCGCUAGAGGCCCCGUCAACCAGACCCAAUGACCCCCAAGAGGGCAAGGUCGACGAGUUGGAGCUGGAGAUUGUCGAGUCAGCCCCCAGCCCUGUGCCAAGCCUCAUCCCAGCCCACCUCGCAAACGACAAAGACCCAGAGAGCGACUCGGGCCUCCCCGACCGCUCUUCCGAACCCAACCAGCACCCUCAGAUGGAGAAAGCCGGAAGCGCCGCGGAGAGCGCCGGCAUCUUCUCCUCCUCCCCUCCCCCACCCACCUUGGUCCUCCUGCGAAGGGAAUCCCCCUCCUCGCCCAGAUUGAGCCGCAUCCCCGUACGAGAUCCAACCACCACCCCGGAUUCCCCCACCAUGGACCGCCGCCACCGGUGGAGCAGCCCUGUGCCUGGCUCGCCCUCCCACUCGCCCUCGCCAUCCCUCUCCUGCGACAAUCUACUGCCCUGUGGCGUCCGGGAGAGGCUCCUUUCCUGCUCGGACCGCGGUUCACGCUCCGACUGGCUGGGGGAAGACCGUGACUCCCUCUCGCUCUCCUCCUCGGGCAGCAGGAGUAAAAUCCCCCGGCCCGUCAACCCCCCUUUUCCAGGGCUCGAGCAGCAGCAGCAGCAGCUCUCCUCCUCCGGCAGGUUCCUGCCUCGUCCGCCUCCCGGGAAACCGCCCACCCGCCCAGCUGUAGACAACAGUCGGCGCCGGCGUUUCCGGGUGCGCGCCAGCAGCACCAGCGACGCCGACUUCCUGGCCAGUCUGACCCAGCUGAUGAAGGACCGCGGCGGUGCACUAUUCAGUCCGCCGCCACGCCCCCGCAGCUCUUCCUCCUCGCUGCAGCGCUCACUCAGCUCCUCCCCCUCACGCCACGAGCUCCGUGAGGGGGCAGGGGUCUUCCUGGGGCGUAGCCGCUCUCCGUCCAGCUUCUCGGGGUCCCCUCCCCCUCCGUGGUACCCCCAGGACAGGCUUAGUGGGCAGCAGGGGAUCCCGUGGGGCGCAGGGCCCGGUGCCAGAGGGAGGGGCCCCAGCCACGAGGGCAAAGGAAGCGGCAAAGUGAGCCGAUAAGUGGACAGAAUGGGUAUCAGUAUGUUGUUCAGAAGGACACACCGUAGCUGAUGCCGCCCUGUGAUAAGCAGUGCCUACUUUGUCAAAGGCAGGGGCACAAAAUAUUUUGCUUGUCCAUUCCCAGGGCGCCUCCCUGUUGGAGAGACGCAUCGCUGUGGCGCUCCACCAACGUUCCGUCAAAAAAAUAAUCGAACAUAAAUCAUGUAGCAGAUAUAGCCAGGGUAAAACAUGAGCCAUUCACAAUAAUUAAAACAACAUGUCAAGAAAACUGUAUGCUAUUUCACCACUUUAUCAUUACCGCAUGUCAGAGGCAUGACAAAUGAGCGAAUGGACUUGAAAACGGAUGGUAUAGCCUACAGUCCAAUGCGAUGUGGUUCGACGAGAACAGUGACAUUUUGCCAAGGUGGAGACGUGGCGACAUGACAAUAGCCAAAUUUGUCAUUUCACUUUUUGGUGUUUACGUGGAACAGAUGUCUCUUUCCAUUCACCACUGUUUGGAGUCUGGAAAUAUAUAUGUGCAUGGGUAAACUAUGAAGGAGCCCUUUGAAGUGAUUGUUUAACAAUCAGAUGAAAACAUUUUGACUGGUUGUGUUUAUGCCACAAUAAAAGGUCAUGCAUUUUAAAAGUUAAAUGACAAAUCUUUACAACUAGUCCCACAGAGAUCCUAUUGAAUUAAUAGGGACUGUAUAUGUCACUCUAUGAUUAGGCCCAUAAAAAAUGUUGGUGCACGCGCUUGGUCCCGUACCGGGAAGAAAUUAAUUAGACUUUCACCCCUGGAUAUAGCAUAUGGUAGAAAAAGUAUGUGGCCUUUUCUGUAGCCUACAGGCUGGAGAUAAAAUGUAUGACAAUGUAAUGAGACGGACACUUU